CUGAUAGUCUGCGGUUGCCUUCUUCUAGUUUUUUUUGUCUCGCUACCGGCAUGUCAUACACCGGUUUUUUAGGCAACACUCGCGUUUCUAAGGAGGUGCGCGAAUUCUACGAGUUGAAGCAGAAAGCCGCCGAGUAUUACCGAGCCAGCGGAAUCGUGCAGAAUCUUGAAGAUGCGCUCAACCAAAUGUUUUAUGACAAACCGGAAGACAUGUGCGGUUACCUGUCAAAUUACUUUGCCAAACUGUCACAACCUCCAGUUAUAACCAGGCUGUUAGGAAGAGAAGUUUACGACGGGAUGGGCCAACUAAGCAUCCAGGUGGAUGUCUACUGCACCGUUAAGAACGAGGAAAAGAGAGUCUGCACAGCAGCAAUUUCCAGUCAUUGUGAACCACCAGACGUGGCCUUUCCCGAGGCGUCCGCGUGCGAUGAUGUCAGAAGGAGUGAAGCUGUUAGGACCGCACUGCAGUGGAUCGGUGAGCCGUUGACGGAACUGCUGAAGGACCAUCAGCCGGAUGAGCAGGACAGACUGGAUGAGUUGUUAAGCAACUUCUUCAAAGUUCAGUUUGUGGAAGAGCAGGAACGACUCCAGAAGGAAAAAGAGCAAAGAAGCGAAGAAGUGAUGCCCGCCGAGUCUCCUGCUAAGCCACCAGUGCCUUCCUCUGGAAAAAAGGAGAAAGCUGCCAGUGGUAAAGCUAAAAAGGGCAACAUUUCUGAGAAGCCCAUUCCUCCGGCCGAGCCUCAGGAGCCCGUGCUGCGGGGCAGCGAGGCAGUUGGGUCCGUUUCACUCGCCGUGGCCAAAGCAGCAGCCACCUUAAGGAGCGUCCCGCUUUACAAGCACAUAGCCUCACUGAAACAGCCUCAGCAGCCUGUGAGUGAAUUGAAUAUUCCAUUACCAAUGAUAACCGUCAUAUCUUGUGGAAAAUUAUCCCCUGGGAAACUCAAUCUGAUGAAGGAAGUGAUUGCAAUCCCAGCGCCUGGGCUGACAUUUAAACAAGGUUUUCAAAUGAUCCGCCAACUUCAGGCACAGAUGACAAAACAGUUGGACGCAGCAUCCAAAGCCGGGCCUGCAUCAAAAGCUCAGUCACACCUUGGCUCUUUACUACUGAGUUAUGACCGCAUGGAGCAGCCCCUGGACCUCGUCAUGGAAGCCGCAAAGGCUCUGGAACUGACAGUGGGGAUGGACAUCCACCUUGCAGUGAACUGUGCGGCCCAUGAGCUCGUGGAUUAUCAAAAAGGCAAAUAUGAAAUUGCCAAUGGAACAGCCAAGAGCCCUGAUGAGAUGGUCGAUGUCCUGGUGGAUUUGCUUAACCGGUAUCCCGCAGUUAUUGCCCUGAUUGAUCCUCUGCGGAGAGAGGACAAGGAGCAGUGGACAUCCCUGUACAGAGCUGUCCAGUCUAAAUGCUACCUGCUUGCUGAAGGCACAUCAAAAUCUAUUGGCUCCCUUCUAGCUGAGCCUGACCAGAUCAUGUCGCAGGCCAGUGGUUUGGUCCUCAGACACACUAAUGAGACCACUAUUUCAGACCUGAUUCAUAUGACCACAAAGCUGAAAGACAGGAACCAAAUUCAUGUUCUUGGCACAGCAGAUGGAGAACCUUGUGACGACUCUCUUUCAGAUCUUGCUGUUGGAUUAGGAGCUAGGUUUGUCAAACUGGGAGGUCUAUGUCGUGGAGAGCGAGUGACUAAAUACGGCCGGCUGCUCUCAAUAGAAGAAGAAUUGGCCCGGCAGGGAGCACUGGGACUGAGUACUGAGCAUAAAUUCCCAGAGCAUUUUGAAGAAGUGGAUGAAUCUCAGCCAAGUGGAUCGUGAAGUUAUAAAAUACUUUAUCAACUCACGGGCAAAUAAUUUUGUUUUAUUUCAUUUACUAAAUCAAAAAAAUUAAGCUAGCAGAGAACCACUGCAUAGACCAGGCUGCCAAUGUGAUCCAACACAAGACAGACGUACAGCUUUAGCAGCAGG